AUGACGGACAAUAAUAGUGAACAUUUGUCCUUACUGCACUCUGACACCACUAAAAACCGCAACCAUACUUAUUGUGAUACAAACCACGAGAUCGACCUUCCUACCACCAACCACAAUCAUGUCAAUGAAGAUGAGGAGGAGGACGGAUGUGACGUGGUCAUUUCGGACUUGACUCUUGCUACCAUCACCCGCGGAUCAAGUUUUGUUGCUGCUACUUGUCGCUCCCCGUCUGCCACGUCUUUGGACGGAAGUAAACUCCGUGAUGACGACGAUCAGGAUGAUGACGCCAGUGCCGUGUCUCUUCUGCGCGAUUCGCUCUAUUCGUCGUCGCUGUCGCUUUUUCAAGACGGAGACGAAGCAGAGCCAGUGAUUCUGGACGAGUUCUGGCUGUCCAUGGCGCUCGCGUACCCCGUGGUCGUAACCUAUACCCUCGAGUACCUCCCCGGGGUCGUGGGGAUUAUUCUUGUGGGCCACAUGGAUUCGCCCGACACGAAACGGUUUGUCGCAGCUGCAACCCUAUCCACGAUGUUUACGAAUGUCUCGUCGCUGUCCAUUGGGUUUGGGCUCACUUCAGCUUUGGAUACACUUUGUUCCCAAGCUUAUGGAGCCGGGAAGCUGGAUAAAUUGGGACUCUACUUUCAAGCAGCAUUGCUCGUGAUUGGAGCGUGUUUAGUGCCCGUGUUUAUGCUCAAUUGGCACGCAGAAGUGUUCCUGAAGUGGUCGGGUCAAGAUCCCGAAGUGGCGAGACUUGCCGGUGAAUUUUCACGUGUGACGGUUUUCGGAGUCCCAUUUCUCUUUUUGUAUGAGAUUGCGAGGAAGGUGUUACAAGCGCAGAAUAUCGUGCAACCAAUGGUGUUGUUUGCACUAGCAGGGACGUUUAUUAACGUGUUUGGCGGCUACAUGUUGACGUACUGGACGCCGUUGGGCUUUCAUGGAGCAGCUCUGUCGAGAACACUGGGUUACAUGGUCUUACCUCUCUGUCUCGUGCCUUACUUUAUCAUAAGUGGCAAUCACACGCGCUGGUGGAGUGGAUGGCAGCUGCAAAAAGCAAAAGCACUCGUGCCGCUGUUUUUGCGACUUGGAGUGCCAGGACUAGCGAUGAUGGUAUUGGAAUGGUGGGCGUACGAGCUGUUGGCUGUCAUGGCAGGCAAUUUACCUGAUGGUGUCGUGGCUGUUAGUACGCACGCGGUGCUUAUGAACGUUGCUUCAAUGAUUUUUAUGGUGUUCAUGGGCAUCUCAGUCUCCAGUAACAUCCGUGUGGGUAAUUGUCUCGGUGCGAAUUGCCCCAAGAAAGCAAAAAUGAUUAGCUACAUCACGCUUGCCACAGUCUUUGUGCUCUCGUGUUUCUUUGCGGGGCUGCUGUAUGUCUUGCGCCACCAGAUCCCGCUCAUUGUGAUCAAUGACCCCGUGGCUGUCGAGCGUGCGUCGAAUGCGAUUUUAGUGCUGAUGCCGUACGAAGUUAUCGAUUCACUGAAUUGCGCGAUUCAGGGAAUUUACAAAGGCGCCGGGUGGCAAAAUAUGGCUGCCAAGACUAAUGCUGUUGCUUUCUAUGGCAUUGGUAUCCCGCUGGGAGCCCUGCUCUCGUUUUAUUAUGGCGUUGGGAUUGAAGGACUAUGGAUUGGCUUUGGCACGGGCGUCACCACAGCGCUUACGGUCUGUGGCACCAAUCUGUAUUACGCGAGCUGGGAGCAAAUGGCACUUGAAGCGCGCGCAAGGUUAGCCCACUAA